AAAAGUCAUUUUCCACAGAGCAUAGCUCGUUUGCACCAACAGAGAGUGGAAGAACAACGAAAUAUUUCGAUACCACAACUGAGCAAUUCAGAACAAGCAGUUUUAUUCCAAAAGAGACAACUAGUGUGGGUGAGGGAAGAUUCUUUACAAGCACUGAAAGUAUCGAUCAAAUACCAACGCUUUUACCAACGGAUAGAGCAUUUGCAACUGAGCAGAGUUCGUUGGCUCCAACCGAAGGAACAACGAAAAAAUAUAUUGAUAGUACUACUGAGAAAUUCAAGACUAGUACUUUUGUUCCAAAAUACACGACUACCUCAGAUGAAGAUGGAAUGUCUUCCACGACACAAUUCGUUGAUCAUGAAACGAUAUUUACCUCAACCGAAAAAGCAUUUGUUACAGAACAAAAUUUGCCUUCCGCAUCUGGAAGUGGUAAAACCACAAAAUAUAUCGAUACGACCACGGAACAGUUCAGAACAAGCACUCACCUUCCGAAAGCAACAACUCUUCCAAGUGAAGAAAGGACAUCUCCGAUCACUCAGACUGGUCAUGCAACUACCAUAUUGCCAGCCGAAAAAUCAUUUGUCACAGAGCAAAGCUCGUUCGCUCCAUCUGAGGGUGGUCGGACUACAAAACAGUUCGAUAUAACCACCGAACAAACGAAAACUAGCACAGCUGGUUAUAAAGUGACUACUCUUCCUGGUGAUGAAUUGACCACGGUUGGUGGUGACGAGAAAAUGUUCACUACCACCCAAUACAUUGAUCGUAAAACAACUUUGUUGCCAACGGAAAAGUCAUUAGUUCCAACUGAAGGUAUAACAACAACUAAACAUGUUGACACAACCACUGAACAAUUCCAAACGAGCAGUUUUGCUCCGAGAGAAACCACUCUUCCGACUGGAAUGAAAAUGCCAUACACUACACAAUCGAUCGAACAUGAAUCAACAAUAUUACCAACGGAAGAAACUUUUGCAAGCGAACGAAGUUCGUUUGUUCCAACUGAAAGUGGCCAAACUACAAAAUCUGUUGAUACAACAACUGAGCAAGUAAGAACUAGCACUCUCCCGUCAAGAAUGACAACUCUUUCGAGCGAAGGAAAAAUGUUCACUACGACCGAUCAAUCAGGUGAUCGCGAAAUGACUCUGCCUCCAACGGAGAAGGCAUUUGUCACUGAACAUAUUCCAAUAGAAAGUGGAAGAACAACUAAAUAUGUUGACACAACCACAGAUCAAUUCAAAACAAGUAGCUAUGCUCCGAAAGAGACGACUAUCCCAGUCGAUCACGAAACAAAAAUUUCUCCAACAGAUAGAUCAGUUGUUACAGAACACACCACUGAACAAUACAGAACUAGCACACUCACGUCAAAAGCCACCACAAUUCCUAGUGAAGAAGACCUCCCUACGACUCAAUCUAUUGAUCAUGAAACGACUAUGUUGCCAACAGAGAAAACAUUCGUUUCUGAACGUAGUUCGUUUGUUCCAACAGAGAGUGGAACAACGAAGAAAUAUGUCGAUACCACUACUGAUCAAUUUAAAACGAGCGGUUUCACUCCAAAAGUUACUACUCUGGCAAGUAAAGACAGAAUUCCUUCGACCACUCAUUAUAUUGACCAUGAAACAACUGUUUUGGUAACAGACAAAUCUUUCGGCACUGAAAGUGGAACAACUAUUAAGUAUGUAGAUUCAACCACUGAGAAAUACAAAACUAGCACAUUCGUACCAAAAAUGACCACAAUUGCUGGUGAAGAAAAAAUGUUGACUACGACUCACUUUUUUGAUGAUGAAUCGACUAAGCGGCCAACAGAAAAGACAUCUGCCACUGAACAAAGUUCAUUCAUUCCAACUGAAGGUGGUAAAACAACCAAAUAUUUCGAUACAACUACUGAGCAAAUGAAAACUAGCACCGGUACUCCUCCAAGAGCGACGACUCUUCCAAGUGAGCAUGAGAUUCCUUCGACCACUCAAUUUGUCGAUUACGAAACCACUUUAUCACCAACAGAAAAAACAUUUGGUACUGAACGAAGCUCAUUCAGUCCUACUGAGAGUGGAACAACGACUAAAUAUGCCGAAACAACUACUCAAGAACUUAGAACUAGUUCUGUCCCACAUAAAGUAACGACAGAAUUUAGUGAGGCUAUUCCAUCCACUACUCAAUUC